UUAACAGCUGUUAUUUUGCGUUGAAUUUUUGAACCGAGCAGACGUACGUCGCGGACGCCUUGUGUAAAAACGCGGUCUACGUACAGUGCAACCAUUUUGCUUAUAUAUAUAUAUCUAUCGAUGUAUAUGUGUGUAUGUGUAUAUGCCAAAGUGGUGUAGCAAAAUAAAAAUUGCAAAAACAACAGCAACAACAACGACAAGAAGAAGAAAUAUAUUUUGCACAAGCUUGUGAAAACUUCUAGUGUUUGUGCUAUUCAGCGGCAGCAAACGACAACAACAGCAACAACAACAUCGACGCCGUCGCGCUCAAUUUUUUACGGCGCGCCGCCUGCUGUUUCGAAGUGCGUGUGUGUGAGUGCGAGUGCGGUUUACAUGAGCGUGCGAGUGUGAGUGCGCUGUGUCUGUGUGUGUUGUGUCUGCCUAACAAUUUGCCGCUAAACACAAAAGCAGCUGAAGGCAGCGAGAAGAAGCAGACAGAAGACCAGCUGACGACGACGUCGACGUCGACGUCGACAAUACACACACACACACACAUAGCAAAAAGUCAACGAUCGAUUGCGCGUAUAUGUGCAUGUGUGCAUGCGUGUGUUUGUUUAUGUGUGUGUGAGCAGCAGACGAGGUGAAAAACAGAAAGCGUAGAAGAGAAAGAAGCAGAACAGCAACAAACCAAACGAAAUUAAAAAAAUAAAUAGUGCAGCAAAGUGAAGCACGUGUGUCCUGCUCCAAUAACAGUUACAUUCGCAACGCGCGACAACAAACAACAGCAACAAACACACACAGACAUCAAAUAAAAAAAAAAUGUCUUCGGUACCGCUGGCCAUUAAAACGGAGGAAGUCAUUUUGGAAAACGCCGAAUACAAUAGCGCUGAGGAAUUGGAUGAAGAGUUACAAUUACAACUGGAAGAUUCAGGCGGCGAGAAUACCUAUCACAUUGAGUACACCACCGAGCCGGCGCAUCAGGUUACAACCAGCUCGCAGCGUCGCCAAUCGAACAUGAGCGCAUCGAAUACAACAAAAGAUGGCGGGGGAGGCGGCGGCGGCGGCGGCGAUGGGGGCAGCUCGCCAAGCGGCAAACCCAUAUUGGAUACCGAGAAGCGUAUGAGAAGGGAAAUAGCCAACAGCAACGAGCGACGACGCAUGCAGAGCAUCAAUGCCGGUUUUCAGAAUUUACGUUCGCUCUUGCCACGACACGAGGGCGAAAAGUUGAGCAAGGCUGCCAUAUUGCAACAGACCUUCCAAUAUAUUGUGGAGCUGGAGAAUCAGAAGACACAGCUGCUGACGCAGAACAGCGAACUGAAGCGACAAGUGGGCGAGCACGAGGCCAACGGAGGAGGAGGAGGAGGAGGCGGAGGCGGAGGCGCCUCUGGUGACAAUUACAACAACAGCAAUGCGAACGAGUCGAGCGGAGGAGGCGGCGCAAGUGCGGUGGCCAUCAAGAAGCGCAAGCUGACUGACAACGUGAUCAACAUGCAGACGAUCAGCGACAGCUCCGACGAGGGACUCGGCUCCAUGUCCCCGGAGCCCAUGACGCUGCUCUCCGCGGGCGCCGGAGGCGGAGCAGCGGCGGCAGCAGCGGCUGCAGCCGGAGCAAAGCUGAACAAUGCGAGCAUAAUUGCGGCCAAGGAGCUGCUCGAGAUGAAGAAGCAGCUGGAGAAGGAGCGCAGCCUGCGGCGCCUGCUCGAGGACGAGCUGCAGAUGAUCAAGCGGCAGCUGUACAGCGUGGCGACGGCGCCGCCGGGCACCGCGGUCGCCGCGGCGGCGGCCAACAGCAGCGGAAGCGGAAGCGGAAGCGGGAGCAGCAGCGCGUACAUUCCACGCGAGGUGAUCGAGCACACGGACAACUUUGUGCGCGCCGAGGAGCUGGAGGAGCUCGGCGGCACCGUCUCGUAUGUGGAAAUCGACGAGAUGACCGGCCAGCAGCAGGUCGUGGUCUGCUCCAGCAUCGAGGAGCUGGAGUCGGAUGCGGCAGCGGAAAUAAUCAGCGAGGAUCAGGUGCACGAGGAGGUCAUACUCUCGUCGAACAGCUCCACGGAGUCCGAGAACGAGGUGAACGUGAAUGCCAUUGCCAAAGCCUAUGCCGAGGGCAUGAGCACGCCCAUCCUCCAGGCGGCCAUCAAGGCCACGCCCAAGGUCGAGGUGGAGCGCAUCAACGAGAAGAUUGUCAAGGUCAAGACCGAGAAACUGGACCAGCCGACAACAACAACAACAGUGAUGGGCGCCACGGCCGUCUUCACACGCUCCCGCCAGAAUCUGGAGACCAUUGUCGAGGCCAUCCGGCAUCUGGAGGGGGAUCAUCUGUUCGCCGACGGCGAUCAGCAGCACAAGCUGCAGCAGCAUUAUCAACAGCAGCCGGCGCAGUCGCAGCAUCAGCAGCAGCAGUCGCAGCAUCAGCAGCAGUCGCAGCAUCAGCACCAUUCGCAGCAUCAGCAGCAGCAGGAACUGCAUCCGCAGCAGUCGCAUCAUCAUCAGAUCAUCAGCACAACUGUUGCCGCCGGCUAUCGCCUGGCGCAGGAUGCGCCGCUGGCCCUGACCACGGGCAAGCAGCAUGCGGCGCUGGCCGAGCUGCGUCCGUUCCUGCAGUUGAAGGGCAACAAGCAGGUGAUCAUUACGGCCAAGUCGGCCAAGGAUGUGGGCGGCACUGUUAGCAGCGUUACGCCUACGGCGAUAUUCAAGGUGCAGACCAGCAGCAGCGCGUCAGCGGCGGGAGUGGUCGGUGCCGGCGGCGCGAGUCAUCAUCAGCCGGUGACCAUCACAACGUCCCUCAAGCAGUGUCGUCCCGGGGUCAUUGUGGCCAAGCAGCUGCCGUCGUCCUGAUUGCCCAACAACAGCAGCAGCAGCAGGAGUAACAGUAACAUUAACAGCAGCAGCAGCAACAGCAGCGUCCCACGAGCUAGUAUUAAAGGCGCGCGCAAUAACAUAACUGUAACAGCAGCAGCAGCAGCAUUAACAGCAACAGCAACUCCUAAACGGCGCAGCUAUGUUAAGCAACAGCAGGCGGCGCGCUUUAACAGCGCUGUUAGGCCUCACUAGAGCAAAGCUUGCGCGCGCUGUUAGCACAGAUCUUGCGCGCUGCUCUGUUAAGCUGCUGCUAAAAGCAAACAAAACAAAACACAAAUUAACGGCAAUUGUAUAAAAUUAGUAGAAAAUGCAAGAAUUUUGUGCAGUCGAGAACUCGUUAUAUUUUGUUUAAUUAAUUGAUUAUUUUGUGUUUUAAACAAAACAUUUUUCCAUUUGCAAAAAGAAAACCACAAAACUCACUUUAAAUAGCCACUGUAAUUACAAAAAAAGCAACAACAACAAUUUGUUCAUUUAUUGUUUAAGUCAAUGUGUGAGAAACGAAAACAAAAACAACAACAAAA